AUUUUACGUCCUUAAAAAUAAUUUUGGUGUUGAUUUUACUUAUUAAAAAGUUAUGAUCAAAGGCAUGCAAAUGUAUAUUUGCAUUUUUCAAAUGCACAAAACUUUGGAAUUCACCAAGUUCUGACGACAAUGGAUCUUCUCGCUAAUUUUACUUCUGACACGAGGCGACCUCCACCUCAUUCAAUUGCGGAUAGGCUUAUCCUCCUGACUUCUAUUCACAUGCCCCAAAAUUGACAAGCGGCUGAUUCCACCACGUCGUGACACAACAGAUCCUUCCGUUACGGUGUGCAGUUUCAAAUGCUCUCUGACAAAUAAAGAGCGGGUGUGUUGCCAUGCUCUGUCUGUUGGAGGAAGGGAAGGAGGAAGGGAAGAAAGAAAGAAGAACUGUGCUGUGUUAUUUUCUGUACAAGAGAAACCAAGACUUAAUUUGACGUAAUUUUAUUUCUUCGAGGAAGGAAGACGUGUGUAGAAUCUGCGCAAAAGACCCCACAAAAACAAAACAAACAAACAACAAAAAACAAACAUACGAACACAAAACAAAACACAAAAUAGGGUCUACAUUUCAAAAUUUGAUUCCUGAUUCCUACACGUCUUUGCUUCUGGCAAGUUGCUGUUGCAGGUCUUCUUGUCUGUCCUAAAAUGUCAUCUAAUGUGUGGAAGGUGGCUUUUUUUGCCGUCCUGGUGGCGGUUGUCUUUCAAUGGAUUUGUAACUGCAAGGACGAUCCAAGUCGGUACUUCGUUGCCAAGCCUAACGCUUCAUAUGACUACAUCAUAGUUGGCUCUGGAUCCGCUGGAGCUGUCUUAGCCAAUCGUCUGUCGGCAAACCCUGACGUCACAGUGCUUCUUUUAGAAGCAGGGGGAAGCAAUCGUGGCUACAGAGAGCUCAGAGUUCCUGUCUUUAUGUGGCAGGCUGGAAUACACGAGCAUCUGUUCUUUAAUUACCUAACAGAACCCGAACAAGGCAAAGCUGCUGGCUACGAGGACGGCCGAGUGAAGAUCCCGAGAGGACGAGUGCUGGGAGGCAGCAGUGGCGUGAACUUCCUCUUGUAUGUGAGGGGGUCCCGUCACGAUUACGACCAAUGGGCCAACAUGUCGGGCGAUGAGACGUGGGACUACAGGCACGUUCUUCCUUACUUCAAAAGAUCAGAGCGGAUAACAAAUCCAGACAACAUAGAACCGGGGUUCCAUUCUUCGUCUGGGUCUCUCGGCGUAACCAAAAUCAUGGAUUCCUAUGCGAUAAGAGAUGUCCUCGUAGAAGGUUUCAAGGACAUCGGGUUUGAGUACAACCCUGACUACAAUGGGCGUAAAAUGAUGGGUGUAUCUCGCUCCCAGAUCACCACGGCGAAUGGAGUUCGCACGGACACCGCCGAGUCUUUCAUCUGGCCCAUUCUGGAACGUCCGAACCUGCACGUCACGCUGGAUGCUCACGUGCAAAAGGUCAUCGUUGAUCAAGCCACAAAGGCUGCAACAGGGGUCGAGGUCAUUAUUCGAGGUCAAAAGGUGAAGGUGAAGGCCAGAAAAGAGGUGAUUCUCUCCGCCGGGGCUGUGGGGUCGCCUCAGAUCCUUAUGCUCUCCGGGAUCGGCCCUAUGGAGCAUUUGAAAGAAAUGGGAAUUCCCGUUGUGACGGACUUGCCCGUGGGGAAAAACCUUCACGAUCACUUCGGCAUCGACGUCCCGAUCGCAGUGGACAAACCCAUCACAGUCUCAGAGUCGUCAGUUACGUCACUGUGGUCAUUGCUUCGGUACAGUUUGUUCGGAACAGGUCCUCUGUCUGUCUCGGGAUGUGAGGUCAUGGCGUUUACAGCCACGUCCCAGGAGCUGAAGCAAAAAGACUGGCCCGACGUACAGGUUUUGUUCACGGGCUCGGUGCUUAAGACUCCGAUACUACAGACCCUUCAUCAGAGCAGCCAGGUCUCCAAAGAGCUGGAGGAGCAGAGGGACACAGCGUCAUACGGAUUGACAUGCGCGCCCAAUUUUCUACGACCUAAGAGUAGGGGCCAACUUCGGUUAAAAUCUCGCGAUCCUUUCGAGUACCCAGCGCUCGAUAUGAACUACCUCGAUGAACAGAUGGACGUAGACGGCAUCGUUCUCGGGAUGGAAAUUUGCCAAAAACUGGCGUCAUCAAAACCGUUGAAAGCCGUCGGUGCUAGGCUGACGGACACGAAGCCACUGAGCAUCUGCAGCGAGCACAAGUUCAACUCAAAAGCGUACAAGGACUGUGUGGUGAGGGCGCGUCUACUGCCCAUCUACCAUCCGUCGGGGACUUGUAAAAUGGGAAAGGUCAGUGACCCAACCACGGUCGUUGACCCUAAUCUAAAGGUCAAGGGCAUUGCAGGUCUCCGUGUGGUGGACGCGUCUAUAAUGCCAAGCAUCGUGUCCGGAAAUACUCACGCCUCGGUUGUCAUGAUAGCCGAGAAGGCUUCAGACAUGAUCAUGGGCCAGACCCCGCCUCCUCCCGAGGACCCUCUCUAAAUACUAUAUCAUGUCUGAAGACUCCAGUGACAAAACAGAUAUUCAAUAUGUCUGAAGACUCCAGUGGCAAAACAGAUAUUCAAUAUGUCUGAAGAUUCCCCCUGCAGAUAAGUCACAAUCUAAGAAACACAAUUUUCCCUUGGUCUUUAAAAAUCGAAGUUUCUUUUCCGUAAAUGAUCCCAUGCACCUAAGUUCUGUGCUAUGUAAGGUUAAAAAAUGCUAAACUCACAAUAAGAUACCGACUUUCAAACUUUAUAUUUCCAUUUUCUCUCAUUCCAUAAAACUUGACUUGUUCGAUUUUUCACUAGAGUCCUCAUCUAUGUAUACUUCUAUCUAUGAAUAUUUUUCAGUUGUCAGAUCUGAAGCACAUAGUGACGAUCAUAGUACCCGAUUCUUUCGUAAUCAGGUCAGUUUUUCGGAUUGUAUUGUUUGUCAUAUUGUUGUUUAGGCUGUAUUCGUAUGUUCCCCUUUGUCUUCCUCUGCUCGUAUUUCCCUCUUUUUUUAUACACGAAAGUAAUAGUUAAAAUCUCUUUGUUCUAAUUAUGAGGCCAAAGAACAUUAGUUGUCUUUUCCUGGUGGUUUUGAUUAGAGACCUAUCACGUUCUGCAAUUUGGGACACUUUUGUAUUUGCAGUAAGUAUAAUUCUAUCCAUCUGAGAAAAAUCUACCAUAAGAAAAAAAAUGAAGAAAAAGAAAUAAACGAGACAGUUUAAUAACUUGAUUACUUUCCCUUCUAUUAAGUUCUCAACAUAAAUCACACUGUUGCUUCAAAUUUCUAAUCGCUUUUUUUUGUAACUGAUCAGUAUUCACAGCAGCAUACAUGGCCUUAUAUAAUUCUCAUAUUUUGGUUGAGACUUAGAGGCUUCUGUUUAUCAAGAAUGGGCUGACUUUUAUUGAAACUGUUUUUGCCUAUUGUUAUUCUUAUUUGGCAUCAGAUGUAAUAAUAAUAAUAAUAUUCUAGAUAUUCAAGCUUCUGAACUUCCUUGAUCUUUUCGUAUUUGCUUGUGAUAUUACAAACAGGAUUUACAGCUUUUCAACACGUUACAUUGCAUUUAUUCGUUAUCACACUAUCCAAGAACAUGUUCAUUUUCCAGUGUAUCAGUUUGUAGAAGCUAUGAUAUUGAAUGUGAAUCAGCAUUCAAAACUGUAUCAUUUAAAUAUCACAUGCUUUUAAUAUAUUAUUCUCAAUUAACUUUGACGCCUACACGUUCCUUUAUGUUUCCAAGAAUUAUUUUACUGUGUACACCUGGUGUCUAAAAAGGACCCAGUCAAUAACGUGAUAGUCAUUGAGUCAAUUUCAAUAAAACUUCGAACAAAUACAAUUCCACCAGUCGGACACGUCAUAAUUUGUCAGUGUGAACAUAACUUACAUUUGCGAAAAAUAUCACGCUUUUAGAAUUUCAGUUAAAAUUGAGCCAAAUGCAAAACUUUACGUCUUCUUACAGAUCAACCAUAUUGUUCUAUUUAAAAAAAACUUGUUUGUGCAUUUAAAAACAAACUUAAUCAAAAGUGAUUUUGCCAAAUAAAGUCAACGAGAGAGGUGACUAUUUAAAUUGUA